AUGUCAGUAGAUACCAUUCAGCUUGUGGGUACGGAUGUUCCAAACAGCUACGGUAGCUGCUGCUUUACCGGUCACGUACAGCAUGAGGCUUUGAACUGGGUUACCGAGCCCAUGCCACCUAUUGGUAGUGCAUCGCAAAGCCCAACCCCGGCCAGUAGAUGUGAGAGUCAGUUACUUUUCUUCAACUGCCCUGAAGGCACGCAGCGCUUUAGUGCCGAAGCGGCUAUACGUUUAGUGCGGACACGUGGUUUUUUCUUCACACGGUGGGUGCCGUCAACCGUGAUGGGCAUGCCAGGACUCCUGUUUACCAUUAACGAUGCUGGCGUUCACCAUGCAAAUUUCUUUGGGCCAGGCGGAAUGGGGAUGACUGGCAGAAGCGACGAAGUUCAGGGCGUUGGUGACAGUGCUGCCGCUGCCCAGUCCUCAAGUUGCGGGAGCGAUGUAAUUGGCAACUGUACUGGAGGUUUGGCUGAAAUGUUAGACGCUUUGCGGCGUCACUAUUUUGUUUACCGACAGAUGAGCUUCCAGCAGUUACGUGUUGGCCAGUUGCCGCGACGUCUUUCUACGUCAAUGCCGGGGAACUAUGUGUAUGAGGUGCCGCUGCUGUUUGAUAGAAGUGAAACCAUAUCUACCGUUGGUCAGGGGCGGGGUCACCGCGUACCCGAGGCCGCUGCGUCGUCAUUGUCGUCUUUUUUUGUCAUAGCGCUGCAACUGAGUACGACGAGUGCAUUGGUUGGUUUUCGCAUAUCGCAAGGCAACAAGAGCGAUGCGGACGAAGUGUAUGGCUAUGCCAUUUUGCAUGCGCCGGCCGCCGUCUUCGACUGCCGCUGUGCAAAGGCUCUUGGUGUUCCGGCGGGUCCUUUAUACGGCCAGUUGAAGCAAGGUGUGGGCGUGUGGGUGGAUGACCCUCCUACUCCCGGUGCUGAAGGCGAAUGUAACACGCGCCGCUUCAUUGACCCCCGCAGUGUACAGCAGGCAACUGUGGGUAGCCAAUCUCUCUAUGUGACGCUUGUGCUGGAUGGUGACAGUGUUUGUGAUGUGGCGACCGCUAUGGAAACUCUCUUUGGUCGUGACGGGGCGGGAACCGAGGAACGGGAUUUCCGCCAGGAACAUUCGACUGUGGAUGGCGGUGAUUGCAGUACUAGCGGUAAACUUUAUGAACUUCUCAAGCAGUGGAAACCACAGUUUGCGUACCGCAGCCACGGCGCUAACCUUUGCAAAGAUGACGGAACAGCACAAGUGGAGCGUACGAUUUCGUUAGUUCACGUCGUUCACGUGCAAUGUCUGCAAUUCUUUUCGUCUAUAGGAGGGGGAAACCACGUCAUUGGGCAAUCGCUUUAUAUUUCGAAUGUGUUUGCGCAUGUUUUCCCUCCUGUCCGUCAAGAGGCUAUGAAAUGCCUUUCCAACGACGCUAACUUCCCUGUGGGGUUGGAACCGCCAACAGCCGGUGGGACGAAACACCACUUUUGCGCGGAUGUUCAGAGCACCUUCUCCGCUUUCCCAACUGCACUCGCUCAUCGUUAUCAUCUGAACAGUAUUGCUGCCCAGCAGUUUCCGCUAGCAUCGUCGCUGUCUGAAAAGAGCGACAGCGAACCCAGUGAAUGUUGGAUUAGGCAUUGCUACGUUGAUGAUGGAAAGGGGCCUGUUUGGCCAUACGCCGUGAAACAUCUACUCAUUCCCCCUGGUGCCAGCACUCCACUGGUUACUGAAAUAAGUGACGACCCUUCUGCAGCCCAUGUUCUCGUUGAGAGGUUGGCCGGCGCUACCCUUUCCGCACGGAGCGGACUCGAAAAUUUUGACAAACAGAAUGUUGCUGGUAGAGAGAAGAAGGGUACUAACGUGAAGGGGUUGCUGCGGUACCCGACUGCCACCUCCGCUGCUGCAAUGCUUUCGGAACAGUUCCGUUCUGCGGUUGCCGCUGUUCGCCACGACACCAGCACAUCAGCUACUAAACUCGACUUGUCCACGUUGCAAGGACGAGAAUACAAUGUAGACGGCGGAGGUGCCCUCUCAUUUCUGGGUACUGGCUCCGCUAUACCGAGUAAAUACCGUAACGUCAGUGGGGCAUUUGUGGAGGUGGUGUACACUUCGCAACACAGGGAACCGCCGUGCCGUGCCAUUGUUGUGCUUGAUUUUGGCGAAGGUAGCACCGGGCAGUUGUCGAUGCUAUACGGUCAUGGGGAGGAGCAGCUUCGUGACUUCGUGCGUGACCUGACCUUUGUGUUCAUCUCCCACUCGCAUGCGGAUCAUCACUUGGGGUUACUAAGUCUGCUUGAGCUUCGUCACCGUCUAUUUUUUGAGCGGGAUGCUAACGGAAAGCAGCGUGACGCGAUCGAACCCAUUCUCAUUGUUUGCCCCCAAGAGGUUUGGGCCUUCCUUAUGGAGACUUGGGGGCAGUCUCGUUCCUGCGGGCAGUGGUUGAGUGAGGAAGUGAUAUUUGAUGUCUUCCCCGCAGAGGACGGCGAGGAACAACUUCGUAGCGAUGUAGCGUUCCUGCCACACCUCAACGAACUGUGUUCGAAACUUUGCAGCAAAAUGGUGUCCUCGCAAUCAGAUAUUGUGAGUGAUGAAGCCGUGCCCCGCAGAGCAAAUCGACCGCUCUGGGCUGCCGAGGUGUUUCCGGUGGACCACCCAGCGAACGCCCACGCGCUGCUCCUUCGAUUUCCCGUUCACCAGGCUACUCCUUCAGAUUUAGCACCAUCUCGUGUUUUGCUCUUCUCAGGGGACACGCGACCCUCCCCGUUUCUCGUGGAGCGCUGUUGUCAGUUUACAGACACCACUUGCCGCGAUUCAGAGGAGUCGCAGGACCCGAUUGGGGGUGUUUACAUUUGCCUGCACGAAGCCACUUUCGGUGAUGGCUGCGAGGACGAAGCGAUGCGAAAGUCUCAUUCAACCCUCCGGGAGGCUCUUGGCGUGGCGGGGGCAAUCGGUGCCCGACACGUGGUGUUGAACCACUUUUCCCAGCGAUACCCGAAGUUACCCGGUCUUACGAAAGCGCAUCUGGGUGGGCGUGAUGUGGACCUUCACUGCAAGAGGCGCGGCCACCGCCCCAAGCAAACGGAGAUGCCAACACUGGUUAGUGAAGAGAUGGAGCAAGAGCCUGAGCAACCCAUGUGCUUCGGCUUUGACUUCAUGCGUUUAACGUUUGACGCACUUGAGCGUGGGGAAGUCUCGCGGUUAACUCCCUUGUUUGUACAACUCCUGCAAGAAUAUGAAUCAUGGGGUGUUGGCACAACAAAACGACUACGUGAAUGA